UUGACUUCCGGAGCCACGACGACAGCGAAGAGUGACAGUUGUUAUGUCCACAAGGCAGCUCUCUGCAGUGACGUCUCUGUCUCUACACCGGGCGGGAUAUCCGGAGUUGUAAGAUAGCUAAUAACAUGGCGAAGACUUACGAUUACUUGUUUAAACUACUUUUAAUUGGCGAUUCAGGUGUCGGAAAGACCUGUGUGCUAUUUAGAUUUUCAGAAGAUGCCUUCAACUCAACAUUUAUCUCCACUAUAGGUAUUGACUUCAAGAUCAGAACAAUAGAAUUAGAUGGGAAGAAGAUCAAGCUACAGAUAUGGGAUACAGCAGGACAGGAGAGGUUCAGGACCAUCACAACAGCCUACUACAGAGGAGCCAUGGGAAUCAUGUUAGUGUAUGACAUUACCAACGAGAAGUCCUUUGAUAACAUUAAGAACUGGAUACGGAAUAUAGAAGAGCAUGCUUCAGCAGACGUGGAAAGGAUGGUCCUUGGAAACAAAUGUGAUGUCAAUGACAAGCGGCAAGUGUCCAAGGAAAGAGGAGAGAAGCUGGCACUGGAGUACGGUAUCAAGUUCAUGGAGACCAGUGCGAAGGCGAACAUCAACGUGGAAAAUGCCUUCUUAACCCUCGCCAGAGACAUCAAAGCGAAGAUGGACAAGAAGCUGGAGGGCAACAACCCACAGGGCAGCAGUCAAGGGGUAAAGAUCACAGAACAGCCCAAGAAGAGCAGUUUCUUCCGCUGCAUGCUACUGUGAGAAGACAGGAGUUUCAGCAUCCACCGUCGCCUUAACUGUGUCCCCCACUGGACAGAACUGGACAGCACACACUCUGAUCUGUCUCUCAUCUUCCUCAUUCUUUUUCUGAAUGCUUGUCCGUUAGGGAAAACAAAGCUUAAUCGCUCCCAUGGUUUGCCACCGACCUUUCCUUGACACCUGUGGAUCUAACUGCUGUGGCCUCCUUUACAUGCGUUACCUUUUUUUUUUUUAUGUUACUCCUUAGAUUGACAGUUUCAACUUAAAUUUUAUUGACUUUUAAAGACUGGCUCACUGUAAGACCCUAAGAACAAUCAAACCUUUACUGCCCAUUAGCUUUUUUUUUUUACUUGGGUUGUUUAUAUUUACAUUAAUGUCUGAUGCCUACUUUUUUUUGUCACCUGUCGUCACUCCAUGAAGUCUUUAGUGAGUCCUCAUCGCUAAAAGUAGCCCAAAUUCUACUUCCAGAACAGGUCUGUUAGUCCAAUGGCCUUUCUGAUUUUUGAUAAACUUAACCUGGUGAAUUAUGUGACCUACUGUAUGUCUCCAAGGUGAGUCCCACUUGAACAGUCCCAUUUCAGUGUGGUUUAUUUGAACUACAUUUGUGUACUGAUUGGCUGGCCUAGAUUUUUUUAUAUUCACAUUGGGUAAAUGCAACAUGUAAAUAUAUCAUUGAGUAUAGAAUUUAUCAUAUUAAAUGGCAGCACUGGUGCAUUUUUACUCAACAGUGGGAUUUACAGAUCCUCUGCCUUCCUUUUCUACUCAUGUCUGUUGAUUUCUUAGGCUGAAACAUUCCAUAUAUUCUUUCUCUGUACACCUUACUGUGCAAUGUAGUAUAUUUAGAACCCAGAUUUGUCUGACUUAAGUAUUCACAUGGUCAUACUAAGGCUGAGUUCUUGUAGGGGCACACAGAUUCCCUUUGUAGUUGCUGUCCUCUUCAUUUUAGGUAUUGCUAUUUAUUCUUAGGAACAACAUCAACAGGUUGGACUAGCAAUACCCAACCCUAAUACCUGGAGACAACACAGUUACAUUGCAGUGGCACAGAAGGAAUCGCAGUCAUGGUAAAAUCAUUGUUGUAUGCAUCUGUAUUUCUUCCAGUUGUCAGUUCCAAUGGGGAAACAUGUACACAACUGUCUUUGGGGCCCUGGAUAGGGGCUGUGCUGUAGCAGUAUUUAUGGAGUGAA